ACAGCGCCGACGUGGAGACAACAAUGCAUUCGCCGGCCACGUCUCGUCUACGCACCGAGACCGCGGGCCCGUGGUUCCGUGCAGAGUCGGGAUUACGUAGGUGAGUCGACUGGACCUUCGACGCGGAGCUGACUUCGCCAGCGGUGUAACGCCGCCAUGAUCAGCUCUGGGACGAUCCCGUUCGUGAUUCCCAAGUGGGCCGCCUUCCUGCUGGCGCAGAUGCUAUCGCUGUUGCAGAUGAGCCAGCCACCCGACAUCAACUACUACCACACCGAGAAGCUGCACGAGGAGUACGACUACGUCAUCGUUGGCGGUGGUUCGGCGGGAUGCGUGCUGGCUAACCGACUGUCUGCCAAUCCGUCCGUCAGCGUCCUCCUGAUCGAGGCCGGCGGACCGGAAGACGCCACGACGGACGUACCGCUGUAUGCGCUCCUCCACUACCACGGGCCGUACGACUGGAACUACGUCACCGAGCCGCAGGAGCACUCUUGUCUGUCUCUCAAAGAACACCGCAGCCCAUGGCCCCGUGGCAAGGCUCUGGGAGGCUCGAGCGUCAUCAACUUCAUGCUGUACGUGCGGGGCAACCGGCGCGACUACGACAACUGGGCGAACGACUACGGCGCCAAGGGCUGGAGCUACGACGAGGUGCUGCCCCACUUCAAGAACAUCGAGAACUGCCACAUCAAGGCCUACUCGGAUAACGGCUAUCACAGUACAAGUGGUGAGCUGCCGUGUGCCUAUCCCGAAACAAAAUCACCUGUGAGCGAGGUGUUCCUGGAGGCUGGCGAAGAACUAGGCUACCCUCUUGGAGACUACAAUGGUGCCAGCCAGACAGGGUUCUCGCGACUGCAGACGAACACCCUGGGUGGGUCCCGCUACAGUGCUUGCAAGUCCUUCAUAAAACCGGUGGUACAGGCGCGGCGCAAUCUGCACAUAUCACUUUUGUCUCAUGCCACCAAGAUACUGUUCGAAGGCCACCGUGCUGUUGGAGUGAAGUUUGAACGCAGUGCGGAGAAGAUGCACGUGCGAGCGAGGCGGGAGGUGAUCGUGUCUUCAGGAACAAUCGGCUCUGCACAGUUGCUGCUGCUCUCCGGAAUCGGGCCUCGCAAGCAGCUCGAGGAAUUGGGGAUCCCCGUGGUGGCUGACCUUCCCGUUGGGGAGAAUCUGCAGGACCACAUAUUCGUCGGUGGCAUCGCGGCCACCACCAAGAAGGCCUCCGAGCUGAGGCUCAACAGCGCCUCCAUCAUAAUCAACUACGCAUUCCGCAAGCAAGGUCCACUUUCCGUGCCUGCCGGCAUCGAGACGGUGGCCUUCGUCAGCACUUCCUACGUAAACGCCAGUCUGGACUUCCCGGACGUCGAAAUAGUGCUGCUCUCGGUGUCACCGGCCAGCGAAGAAGGCGAGCGCUACCUCAUCGACACCGGUCUCACAAAAGAGGCGUACGACAAGUACUACCGCUCCAAGCGUCACCAGCACGGCUUCCAGUUGGCGCCCAUCCUGAACCGGCUGAAGUCGCGGGGAUACGUCCGGCUUCGCACCACCGAUCCGGACGACCCGCCCAUCAUUGACCCCCGGUACUUCAGCCACCCGGAGGACAUCAAGGUGGCCGCGGAAGGCGCCCACAAGGCCGUAGAGAUCCUGCGGACCGAGGCGUUCGCCAAGCUGGGCACCAAGCUGUGGAACGUGCCUUUCCCGGGAUGCGAGGAGGCCGGUGAGAUGUGGAGCAAGCCGUACCUGGAGUGCCUGGCGCGGCACCACACCUCGACCGUGUGGCACCCGUGCUGCACGUGCCCCAUGGGCGAGAACGAACGGGCCGUCGUCGACAGCAGGCUCAGGGUGCGAGGCGGUGUGGAGGCCCUCCGCGUGGUCGACGCUUCCGUGAUGCCCACCAUCGUGACGGCCAACCUGAACGUCCCUGUGCACAUGAUCGCCGACAGGGCGGCGCAUCUCAUACUCGAGGAUUACGGGGGCCCUUCUCAUUCGUCUCCUUCCCGUGGUCCUAUCUCGAGAAUCCUGUCCUGGAACUCGAGGACGUAACGAGAACACUUCAUUAAAGCCUUAAACUAACACUC